UCCCUCACGCUUCCGCCGGGACACGGUCCACACCCCCCACACCCGCGUCACGUGACCCCGAGCGAGCCUCACGCCAGCGGGCGCCGCCAUCUUGGAUUCUGGCAGGUGUAUCCAGGCUCCUGUGACAUAUGAAAGGCAAACCUGAUGAAGUCAAGAUGAAAUACCCCUGCUCCUGGUGAAGCAGAGAGGAAUGAGAAGCCGUAUGUGUGGUACCAUCUCAAUGCAGCUCCGGGGGCUGAAGUUACAGAAAGACUUAGUAAUGAGGAAGUGCUGCAGAUAUCCAGAGCACUGUUAUCCUGAGACGCAGACCCAGGAUGGUGGCAGCUGCUUUUACUUUCAUGUCUUCAGAAGCCAGCGUUCCCUGUGCUGCUGCUGUGGAGAAGAGCUGCCGUCCCCAGCAGCCCCGUGUGCGGCGCACCUCCUCGCUGGACACCAUCGUGGGCUCCUACCUGCUGGGACAGUGGCCUCGGGAUGCUGAAGGAGCUUCCACCUCAUGCAGGAAUGACAAAGCUACCCAGCCAUGUUUCUCAUCACUCCAGACUCCAGUGUCCUGGCAUGAUGUGGAAGUGGGGAAAGCCAACUCCAGUGCUCACAAGCGUUCUGCUUCUUGGGGUAGCACAGACCACCGCAGAGAGAUUGCCAAACUGAAGCAGCAGCUCCAGAGAACAAAGCUCCACGGCAGAAGUGGCAGAGAAAAGGAGAAGAGCUCCCCAGUGCAGGGGGACCACGCUGUCCUCCCAUCCCUGCGGGACCCUUCUUCAGGCUUCCCUUCUCUAUCUCUCAUUUGGAAGCUCAGCCCCUGCUUGCACAGGAGCCUGGAAGGCCUAAAUCAGGAACUGGAGGAGGCGUUUGUGAAGGAGCAGGGAGAGGAGGAGCUGCUGCGGAUCCUGGAUGUCCCAGAUGGGCACAGGGCACCGGCGCCUGCCCAGAGAGGCUCUGGAGCUGCAUCCCUGGUGCUGGAGCCCGGCAGUGGCAGCUGGAGCAGCCUCUCUCCUUCCCCUUCGGUGCCUCUGCCCCUCUCCCCACACCCCCCGGGGAGGCUGACAAUGGAAGAACCCUCCUGUGCAGUGGAUGAGGUGCAGCCAGAGCCCAAAGAGAAAGAGGGGGGCAGCCCCUCCCCAGUACUGGCCUUCGCAUCCUCCCCUCGCCCCAACCACAGCUACAUGUUCAAACGGGAGCCUCCGGAGGGAUGCGAGAGGAUCCGGGCCUUUGAAGAAGCUUCCUCCCCCAGCCCUGAGCAGCCGUUCCAGCCUUCCUGCCCAGACAAGAACAAGGUGCAUUUCAACCCCACCGGCUCUGCCUUCUGCCCCGUCAGCCUGGUGAAGCCGCUCUUCCCAAACGUGGGCUUCCUCUUCAGGAGCUUCCCAGCUUCCUCCAGCCCCGUCCCGGGCACGCUGACCUCCUGCCAGCCCCCGGCCCCGUUCCUCGGGGUGCAGAAGGACGCUGCGGGCGGCAGCUUCAGCAACGCCCCCACGGCUCCUGCCCUAAGCUGUGAACCCUGGAAGCGCGGUCAGGCCGAGGAGAGCGUCGUCUUCCACAGCUCCCUGGUUGUGUGAAUC